GGGCACUUUGCUUGGAUGCUCGCGAGAAUACAGAUGCUGAGGCUGUUAACGCCGAGAUUCACAUUCACUCGGACUGGGAUGUGAGAGAGCCCGACGAGAUGGAGACCUUCAUCCAUCUUUACCUGAAUCUGAUCGAUCUUGGGAGCCAGGCCAAGAUGUGACUGUCACGACGCGUCAUAGUUUGGAUCUGUCCAGCCUUUACAAGACUUGUUUCUAUAGCAACAGAAAUAUUAUCACCUAAAACGUCCCACAAUGCAGUCCUCUCAGCCUCCAAAACCACGGCGUUUCGACGCCAGCAGACGGACCACCGCGUUGGCUGGGCCAAAGACGCACGGCGCCGGUUUACAGAAGGAGGAUAAAAAUAUGAACACAAUCACUGCGCCCUCCCCACGACGGGUCACUAAAGGCCCUGCCGCUGCCUCCAGGACCAGGAUGGGUGUGCAGCCAAGAGUUCCAGUAAGUCAGUCCAGACUAAGUGCUCAGAAACAGAGUUCCACCAUCUCAAAAUCAGCUAAGCCCAAACCCAAGAGUGCUCGUGCCUCUACAGCGACCCAAAUUGCACCGGCAGCUGCGUCUCCACCCCCUCCGCUUCCCUCUGUUCUCCCUCUUGACCCAAAUUGCAACGAGCCGAGCCUGCCAUGUCUGUGCUGCGACGGCCGUUCCCCACAGGACAACAACAGUAUGUUCAACCAUAACCACAACAACAACAACACCAUCUCCCUCAGACAGCAAAUGCAGCUACCGCCUCCUCCAGGCCCGUUGCCCCAGAGGCAGGAUGGGACAGGGGCCAAAGAGAAGCCUCUGCCACAAGCCCAGGCCCAGAUGGAGGCCUCUGCCGGCCCUGCUGCCAAUCUGGAAAAAGAAGAGAAGACCACAGAUGACAACAAGAACGAUUUAGACAACAAGAACGAUUUAGACAACAAGAAAAGUAUCAAGGUAGAGGAAGAUGACGACGAAGAGAGCAGUGGGGAUAUCGAUAUUGACGACGACGAAGACGACGACACCCUGGUCCCUUCGUGCUGCGACUGCCCCCCCUCCCUCCUGGAGUUCUCGCUUUCCUCUUCUACUUCCUCAUCCUCCACUUCAAUCAGCUCCUGCUCUGAUCUGGAGUCUGACUGUGCAGAUCAGUCUGCCUCCAUCUGUUCAUCCCACGACCAGGACGAUAUGUCCGUUGCGCUGUCCUCCAAAGACCGCCCUCUCCCACAGCUGCCUGAAUGCCAGCCUCCAACACGUUCACCUCCAUCCCUUCCUCUCAGCCGCAUUCCCUUCUCCUUAGCAUCACAUUCCCCGACGACCCCCUGCUCCCCAGAUGAGGGCUACCCCUCUGCACUUGACUCACCUUCUCCUGACUACUUAGGAGUCAAAGGUGAUUCUGAGGUGACCAAACUAGGCUUACUUGACUUUCUAGAGUCAGUAGGGGAGUUUGGAAAGAUGGAGCGCUUCAGCCAGGUGAUCCAAGUGGCUCGGUGGGAUCUGGAGGGCGAACAACACUGGGAUGUGCUGCGGGAUCGGUUAGAUCACCUGGAUCGUUUGGAAAAGGUCAACAGGGAAGUAAAGUUGGCCUACGUUGCCAGGCUUCAUGAGAAGGGAUUUGAUCUUGGGGACCUGGAUGAGCAGGACCUCUCAGAUGUCAUGGAUGAAAUGGGCAACAUUGACAUUCCCUGGAAGUUGUAUAAAAGCCACGGUGGAAGUAUGGGAGACUCUCAGGAGUUUUCAGAUGCCGGGGUCGACCUCACCGCUCCAUCGGACUGCGAAGAUCCUCUCGUUCCAGAUUCCCUCACUCCUUCCCCUGUCGAGCCUCCACCUAGGCCCCCUAAACCUCCGGCACGUCAUGCCAGUGUGAGCUCGGACCUCCACACCUACAUCAACAUCAGCAGAGAGACCACCUCCAUGGCUGUCUCCACCUCCCCCACGUUAUCUACUUUCUCCCCCAACUCCUCAUCCCCCACAUUUACCACCUUUAGAUGUGAGAAAGCCCUGCCUCCAUCCCCACCAUCCAUUCCUCCUCUCCCCGCCUCCAAGCCGGUCCCUUACCUCACCCUCUAUACCACUCCCUCUCCACCUCCAUCCAUCCCCACCCCAACCCCUCCCAUUCCUCCCCCCCGAAGGCGGCACCUAGCCAGGAAAGAGGCACAGCGUCUCGCUGCACUUCAAGCCGAACAGGAAAAGACCCCCCUGUCCCUCCCGCCACCGACCACACGCCCCCCGCCUCUGCCUCCUCCACCCGUUAUCUCAGUCUCCUCCUCUUCUCCCCCUGCCAUACCACCUCCACCUGCCCUGCCUCCUCCCCCUUCUUUCCAUGCACUGGAUGUAGAGAUUCGGAAGCUGCUCGUGCUCGCUGGAUUGACCCAAGCCGAGCUCCUCAAACUCAGCCCAGAGCUUGGUGUCUGUGUUGGGGGCUUAGAGGACGAGGGGGAUGGAGAUAAUCUCAUUAAAUCUAGAUCUGUGCAGUCACAAGAGUUCAGACUACAAAACAGAGUGGCCGAGAACGAACCUGUCAGCGAGUUGAUGGCCAGAGAUGGAUGGAGUGACAGGGGAAAGUUGGAUGGAGAUAGGAAUGUUGAUUUGGCUGAACAGGGCAAAAUGAAAGAGGAGAGCAAAGACACCCAAAGAACCACUUCAUUCACUGAGAUGGCACGAAGACGGAAGAGAAACACUGGUGUGACAUCCGAUCAAUACUACAAUUUUAGCAAUACACACGACACUAAAGUGAAGAAUAUGAGCUUUGAAACUUUCCGUUAUCCCACCGAGUUACCAGAUUCACCUCCUCCUCCCCCUCCUCCUCGCCCCUUACCCCCAAUUCCUCCUUCUUUGCCACCGCUCAAAGUCAGCACUCUGUCCGCCAACUCUGAGCAACCUGAGCGGUUCGAUUGGCUCAUAGCAUUCACACCUGAGCGUGAAGCUCCCCCAGAGCUUCCACCCAUCGAGAAGAGAAACUCUCAUGGAGAAACCCAGAAGAAGCUCAGUUCCUCGGGCUCCUCUCCGGGGUCGGCUCCAAAGGUCACAACCUUUAAAGAGAUGCGUUUCCGCAACAAGAGCGCCUCCCCUCACACAAAGAUUAUCACUGAACCUGACCCCGACCCCACAGUCAUCACCCCAGAUCCAGAUAUACUCUACAACCUCAAGUGGAGAAGAGAGAAGUCGGGCAGCGAUGGCAACCAGUGGGAGUACACCUCUCAGGCCCAGGCCUUCUUCAUGCAGCCGCCGCCGGCUCUCACCUCGAUGGCUGCUCUGAAGGAAAUGCUCCAGAGAGCUGACGAGGAAGGUGGACAACCAGAGCUGUGCCCCUCGCAGAAGAUUGGCUGUUCGGUCAGUGACAGCAGCCUGUGGACCAUGGGCAGAGAGUGGGAGGGUGGAGAAGUUCAGAGAGAGGAAAAAGAAGGCAAGGAAGAAGAAGAAAAAAAAGAGGUGGAGGUGAGAGGGCGAGCCGAUGGAGGGAGGACUUUAGAGUCGAGAACUGCAGCCGUUCGCAGUGUCUCAUUCGCUGGCUCUGUGCAGAAGACAGAGGCCCCCUAUAUGGGCGAGGAUGUGAAGCAUCCAAUGAGAGGUCUUGGCCUGUCCUCUCUGUGCCUGCAGGAGAAGAAAGCCCUGGUCAGUGCAGUCAGUGUGGCAGUGGAAGCCAUCUUGGCCCAGUUCAGCUCCAGUCGGACUAUAGUUCAGAAGUCUUUCUCAGUUAACAAGGCCUUAUCAGGAGACAGCACUAUAAAUCCAUCUCUGGGCCGUCUGGUGCUGCAGUGCCUCUGCCCCGCCCUGCACAGCCUGCUGACCGAUGGCUUGAAACCCCAUCAGAGUGACCUGAUUGCAGGCAGGAGGCCAAACUCCGCCUGGAGCCUCGUGCAAGCGUCAACCAGGCCAGGUCUUAAAACUCAGCUCUUGUUCGACCUGCAAAAUCGAGUUGGUGAGCUGCCCCAGCUCAGGCAGAGCAAACACAGGUUCAACGCGUUUCUUCUUGGCCUGCUAAAUACGAAGCUUCUUGAUUCCUGGCUGUGCCAUCUUCAGUCUAGCAGCGAUGUGCUGGAGACAUACUACCGGCCCACCUCUUUCAUGCGUUUGUCGCAGACGGCCUGCCAGCCUCUGUUCGAGGAGCUGCUCCUCGUGUUGCAGCCCCUCAGCCUGCUGACCUUCAACCUCGACCUGCUUUUCCAGCACCACCACCUGGAGCCGGACAGUCACAGGCCAGAGAUCCCCAGCCCACCCUUCCAGGAUGCUGCUUUUCCGCUGUCGGCGAAGGGCUCCCAGUCCAAAGUCACGGGCAGCAGAUACAUUGAAAGCCUCUCGGAGGUGAAGUUUGAAAGUCCAGAAAACCAGGCAGCUAAAGAUGCCAAAUCAUCACCCUUAGCUAAUCCAAAUAGUGGAGCGUCAGGGGAGUCAACAAAGACGGAUGCCACACCGAUAGACGCUCCAGUAUCCACAAGUCCUCAGCUGUUGUGGGUGCAGGAAAAGGAAAUUGCAGGUUUGCCUCCUCCCGACGUUGAGGAAGACGGCCUGGCUCAGCAGGCGGGACAGGUCAUCCAGCAGGGGUGGGGGGCUGUGAUGCGCUGGGGAGGCCGACUGAGCCAGAACUUGGCCGAGUUGAGUCUGUCUGCUGUGAAAAAUGAGGAGAUGAAGGAAGAUCUACCAGAUCUCCAGGUCCAGGGAGGAAGUGACUACACUCCAGUCAGCAGCGCUGCUCAGGUUCCCUGGGGUCUAGGCCGGCUCUUUGGAGCCUCUAGAAGCCCCAGCAGCCCGACAGGUUACACACCACCUACCAGGCGUCCCUCCCAGUGGUUGGCACCUGGUGUCACCGCACUGACCCGAAUGGUGAGCAGCAGCUCCACCCCGACACUAAUAAGGGCCGCUGAGCCUCAGGGGGGAAACGAGCCAAAGCCCGAAAAAGACGUCGAAACACUGGAGACGAGGGACAAACUCAGACCACUCAGGUCCGUACGAACGCUGUGCGACCACUCUGGAUCCGGUUCAGAGCUCAGCUUCUGCAAAGGGGAGGAACUCGUGGUGUUGGGAGGCGUCGAUCAGGACUGGAUUCGCUGUCGUCAGGGAGACAAAGAGGGGCUGGUACCUAUUGGCUACACCUCCCUCAUCAUGUGACUUUGGCGCCGUAACUGCUGCACUAAAUCAAUACAAAAAUAAAUAAAUAAGUAUAAAAUACAUAUAUAUAAAUAUAUAUAUAUUUUAGGCGAGUAUUGAGAGGUUGUGGUGAGGCUCUGCUACUCUGAAAGGGAUACUUUACGCAGGCUCGGUUACAGUUUGAUUUGAGAUCAUAACACCAUCUGCUCCUCUUUACGUGCGUCAGGAGCAGCCUUCUCCCGUAAUGAACAUAUGGAAGUUUGUCCCAUCACAAUCCAUCCAGUUUGGUAGCAUUCAGCUAAUGGGUUUUAGCAGCAAGAAUCCAGCAGAUGGUGCGAAAUAAUGACUCAACUCAAGCGUAAGACCGUUUCACACCAAAAGACCUUUGAGCUGUGCGAGUGAAGUGUCCCUUUAAAUGCAUUUUUCUCAACUCCUGCAGCCCUCAUCAGCCGCUGAUCUGAAAGCGAUCGCAGGGGAAACUCUGCGCAAUCAGACUCUGGCGGAUUUAAGUGCUUUCAGAUCAGCGCCUCUCGGCUGUGAGGAGGCGGCAAGAAAACGGCCGGGCCGUGGCCACAGGCCUCUGCUAAACAGAUGCAGAGGGCUGUGGCUCGCAGGUUAACGCGUGCAGGAAGCAUGUUAGAGUACCAGGCUGUAGCUCUUGUUGCAUAUUGCGUAGUAAUGUAGUGAACUGUAGCUGUGUAGAUCUGUGUUCUAUUGACCUCUCACCUUUCUCGCCUGGUUCAUGUGUGUUUCUGCUAAUAUAUUUGACUGUAUAAAUAUACAUAAAAAAAAAGAAUAUAUAAAUAAGUAUAUAAAAUGGUAUUUCCAAGAUAGAUAGAAAGAUAAAUGAAGAAGAGGAAGCAGAUAGUGAAACACAAGCAGCGGCUUAGGACUGUGGCCACAUCGCGGGAGUGAUUGAUUAGAAAUGAGUGGAUCGAUUCAUCUUUUCCGUCUGCAACUUUCCACACGCAUUAAGCGGCUGUCAUACAUGCAAAACAAACUUACUUAGCUACUUGUUUAUUUUAAAUAUGAAAUCCAGUAUCUUCCCUCUUGUGCGCUUUUAUGUGUCACCUUUGUCUUGGCAUCAUAUUCAUAACGUUAUUAGAUUUAGCUCAUAUAAUUAAAACGCUGUAUGCAUUGUAAUGCGCCAUGAAUGCUUCGAAUGAAUGCCAGACAACAAAUACACACCCCACACGGUUAUAGAGGAUAAUAUCAGACAACAGCGACCUGUAGCUAAUCUCUGUACCUGCCCAAAACCUCGCACAACUAUUCCCAGCUCUUGUUCAACACUAUCUGACCUUAAGAAAAGGAAAUGCGGUGAGAGAAUCUCAGCAGUAAAGUGAAGUCUGUAGGAUUGGUGGCUGGUUUUCACCUGGUACCUCAGCUUUUGUAUCUAUCUGAACCCUUCCUGCCAUGGUUUCUGAUCAUAUUCCUUGAUAUUAAUGAUAGUGCUAGUGGUGGAAUUAAUACGUUGGUUCUGAUGUUGCUCAUUUGUUGCUUUGUGUCAUGUAUUUAUUAGUUACUCUCUAGAUUCUGUAAUGAUAACUAUGCAUAUGGUAAAAUGUGCGACUAAAAGUGUUUUUUUUUUUUUCCCCUCUGAAGAGUAAACCAAUAGCUUAAAUUAAAAGUGAAAGGCUGCCGUUAGAGGACCUGUGUUUCAUUUCGAGGGGAACUUUUUAUUGCUUACGAUGAAUCAGGGAAAGCUCAGUUCUUCGAAGUUCCCUCUCGUUAACUCGUUGGUGCCAUGUAGCAUGAGAUUACUGGCGCUGUGGUGACGGUCUGGUAGCGUCGAGUUAUACCAGUGAUCAUAACUCGAAACUGAUUAUCACAAAAAAAAAAAAAUGCCAUCAAAUGGAUAAUACCAGUGUGUUUACAAGAAAUAACAUCAGGGUAAUAGGAAACAGUAAACAGACACAUUGAAACCUUUUCUUUUUCAAAUGUGAAGUUAUAAAUGCAUUCGUUUGAAAGCCGUUAAUUUAUUGGAUGUUCUAUUUAUUGAUCUUGAGGUUUCUGAUGGGAACAGCUCUCUGUGUGACCCAUCUAGUGUCUCUCUAUCUACCUGGGUUCAUUGUGUGAGUGGGUGUGCACAUGGCGGUGUAUGUGGCGGUGAAAGCAGGGGCGAGUGUGAGCACCUCUGGAGAUCCACUGCACCCUCACCUAUGUGUGUGUAAAUGUAAACAAUGAGUUCUGUACCUCCCCCCCUCUCCUCCUCUUUCUCUCUCUCUGGUGUCAUGUAGCCCGUAGACAUCCCUGUGUCCCGCUGUUGCAUAUAGUCGAGUGCCCCUCUAGUAACAGUCACUGUCCGCCUCCUGCAUGUGCUUGUUUGUAAAUACACAGAAUAAAAAUGAUCUGUAUAAACCAAAAA